GUCUCUCUAUAGAAAAGUUCUUUCAUUUCUUCUCCUCUUCUUUUAUUUUUCUCCGGUUGCUCAAUCCGAUCCCCACCCAGACAUUUCAGAGUUUGAGAAAUCAAAAAAAAAAAAAAAAAAAACGAUGCCUUUUGCGAGGUGGUGAAAGAAGACGUCGGCCCAGAGACGACGCUUAACAAUGCCGCAGUCAAGAUCUUUUACAGAACAUAUGGUCAUGGUCCUGUCAAAGCUCUUCUCAUCAUUGGUUUAGCUGGAACCCAUGAAUCUUGGGGUCCUCAAAUCAAGGGAUUGACUGGGAAAGAUAAACCCAACGACGACGACGAGGAGGAUGGAAUCGUUUCCGAUGAUGAUUCAGGCAUCGAGGUUUGUGCUUUUGAUAAUCGUGGUAUGGGUCGAAGCUCCAUACCUACCCACAAAUCCGAGUACACAACAACGAUAAUGGCAAAGGAUUCAAUUAGUUUGUUGGAUCAUUUGGGUUGGAAGAGAGCUCACAUCAUUGGCCAUUCUAUGGGAGCAAUGAUAGCUUGCAAGUUAGCUGCGUUGGUGCCCGAACGGGUUCUUUCUUUGGCUUUGCUUAAUGUUACAGGUGGAGGUUUCGAAUGUUUCCCCAAGCUUGACCGACAAACAAUUUCAAUUGCGAUACGUUUUCUGAAGGCAAAGACUCCUCAUCAAAGGGCAGCUGUUGAUUUGGACACACAUUAUUCAAAGGAUUACCUAGAAGAAUCAGUAGGAACUAACACAAGACGGGCAAUUUUAUACGAGCAAUAUGUAAAGGGAAUAUCAGAAACUGGAAUGCAGUCCAAGCACGGGUUUGAUGGCCAACUUAAUGCUUGUUGGUUACACAAAAUCACAAAACCAGAGAUUGAACUAAUCCGCUCGGCUGGAUUUCUUGUCUCAGUCAUUCAUGGAAGACAUGAUGUGAUUGCUCAGAUAUGUUACGCAAGAAGAUUGGCACAGAGACUAUAUCCUGUUGCUAAAAUGGUGGAUCUUCAUGGAGGUCAUCUUGUAAGCCACGAGAGAACAGAAGAGGUUAAUAAAUCUCUUCUCGAGUUAAUCAAGGCGUCAGAAAUGAAGAAAAAACCAACUGAUUGGACUAACCUCACCAUGGAAGAUCCAGGUUAUUUCAAGAUGAGACUAACAUUGAUUAGAAGCUCCUCGGAAAGCAAGAGUGCCGUCUCUCCUGGACAUUUCAUAAUGGAAAAGUUCAAUCGCUUUCUACUUUUCCUCUUCGGACUUCUGGUUUUGGCAUUUGAGUAUGCAAGAAGAACUUUCAGGAUGGUAAAACCCGUCAAAGUUGGACCUUCUCUCACAUAACAAUAACCCUUCACAUUCCAAUUUGUCGACCAAAAAUUGUCAUACAAGCAAUGAUGCAGUGAUUCAAUGAUCAAGCUGAUGAAAACAUAAGGGCUUAAAGAUAAUCUUGCUGCAAACAGAGGCUAAGAGAAGGAGACACUGCUUUUACAUGGAAGAGAUAAUACAAUACCAACUGUCGAUAUAUACACACGUGUAGAGGAUCAAUACAACACAUUUGUUCUGCGAAUGUAAUAUGUAACUAUGAGACAUCGAAAUCUCAGUUGAGAUACGUGUUUCUGUGUACCUAUAUGAGAACACAACUGUUUCUUAAAGUUUCUGCAUAAAAAUAAGAAUUACAAAGAGUCCUAUUCAA